AUGCUGCCGACGUCCAUUCCUGACGCCUCCGGCAACGAGAAGAGCGGGCUGGACAUGUACUUUCUGGAGCAAGAUGGCGGCACCUUCAAGGCUACGGUACGUACGUGCCGCGACAGGCGCGCAAUCACGUGCACCCAUGUGUGUACCAAGCUAUCUCGUCCAACGGCACCGAACCUCUUUCGCUCGAGCCGCCCGAAUGAGAACCUCUCGCACUUCAUGUUUGCCCUCUGGCGUCGUUCUUUUUUGUUUUCGACCAAGGUUUUCUACAAGCCGUACUUUUACGUAUUGGUGAAGGAGGAGCGGCACAUCCAGGACUGCAUCCAGUGCAUACGGCGGCGGUUCGAGGACUCAGCGGUGGAGGUUACGGUGGUGGACAAGGAGGACCUCGACAUGCCCAACCACCUCUCGGGAAAGCUGAGAAGGUUCCUCAAGCUAAGCUUCCACAGCGUGGCGGACCUGAUGGAGGUGAAGCGGGCCCUGAUGCCGACGAUCCAGGCCAACAAGACCAGGGCCGAGGCGCAGGACGCCUACAUGCACGCCGAGGCGCGGGAGCAGCAGCCGAGCGACUUCCUGUCGGUGCUGGUGGACGCGAGGGAGUACGACGUGCCGUACUACGUGCGGUGCUCUAUUGACCUGGACAUCAGGCUCCCUAUGUUUUUCGGUUGGUGA